AUGAAGAGUGCAGGCGAAAAACAAAUCCACAUUUCAAAGCGACACAACUGUUGCAAGCGUAAACCACAGGGGUCUUUUUACUAGUGCAGGUGCAACUACAGUAGCUGCGUGCUGUUCUUGCGAGUUUUUCUGAUGUAAAAGAUGAGUGACUCACUGGAGAGGACUACAGACUGUCCAUUGCUGCUUCUUGCAGAGGACUCCAGCCAAGACGAGGAGAGAAACAGCCUGACAGGCUCAAGUGACUUACGUUGGGAAGAUGGUGGUCUACCCGUGGAGCUGCAGAGAGGGAUGGAAACCCUACGAGUGAACAGAGAACUGACCGAUGUGGUCCUGCGUGUUCAGGGACAUGACUUCCCUUGUCAUAGAGCCAUACUCGCUGCUGCCAGUCAGUACUUCAGGGCCAUGUUUUGCAGUGGUCUGAAGGAGAGUCAUGAGGAGCAUGUGGAAAUAAAAGGGUUGGACAGUGGGACGAUGCACUCUCUCCUUGAGUAUACCUACACCAGCCGUGCCCUCGUUACAAACUCAAAUGUACAGAGAAUACUAGAGGCUGCCAGUCAAUUUCAGUUCCUGCGUGUGGUGGAUGCAUGUGCUAGCUUUCUGAGCAAGUCUCUGCACCUAGAGAGCUGCAUUGGGAUCCUGACUCUUGCUGAAAGCCACGCACUGCCGGCAUUGAAGACCGGGGCCCAAGACUACAUCACCACUCAGUUCUCCCAGGUGGUCGAGCAGCAGGACUUUUUGGAGCUGCCGGCGGAUUCGCUGGAGGCUAUCCUUCAGAGGGACGACCUCGAUGUGAAGUGCGAGGAGUGUGUUUUUGAAGCACUCAUGUGCUGGGUUAGAGCCCGGCAGGAUGAACGCUAUCCUUCACUGGCCAGGUUGCUGUCACAUGUGCGGCUGCCGUUGUUGGAGCCUGCUUACUUUGUAGAAAAUCAUGAAAAAGAUACUUUAUUGUCAUUGUGCAGCGAGGCUUUUCCCCUGCUGCAAGAGGCCCGCAUCUAUCACCUCUCCGGCCGAGAGGUGGUUUCUGAACGAACAAAGCCCCGUGUGCGGCACUUUCUGUCGGAGGUGUUCCUGAUCAUUGGAGGCUGCACUAAAGAUGAACGCUUCAUCUCCACUGUCACCUGUUUGGACCCCCUCAGACGUAGCAGGCUGGAGGUUGCCAGGCUCCCAAUGACAGAGAUGGAGGAUGAAUCCCAAAACAGGAAAUGGGUUGAGUUUUCCUGCAUCACCUUCCGCAAUGAAGUGUAUAUAUCUGGAGGUAAAGAGACACAGCACGAUGUUUGGAAAUAUAAUGGGGCCCUGGACAAGUGGAUUCAAAUUGAGCCCCUGAUAACUGGGCGCUGGAGACACAAGAUGGCAGUUCAUGGGGGAAAGGUGUAUGCACUGGGUGGAUUUGAUGGUGUUCAGAGACUCGAUAGCGUGGAGGCCUAUGAUCCCUUUCACAACCGCUGGGCACAGGUGACACCUCUUGCAGUAGGCGUGAGCUCCUUUGCUGCUGCAAGUUUUGACAGAUGGAUCUAUGUGAUUGGUGGCGGGCCGAAUGGAAAGUUGGCAACUGAUAGGGUUCAGUGCUGGGAACCUGGGACUGACAGCUGGGAACUGCGGGCGCCCAUUCCCCUCGAAACCAAAUGCACUAAUGCAGUCACAUUCAAGGACUGCAUCUAUAUAGUUGGUGGUGCCAUGCAUGCCAUGUACUGCUACUCACCUCUGUCAGACUCGUGGUGCCUUGUGACCCGUCUAGGCGAGAGGGCGAGCUGCGCCAUCGCUGCCUGUAACAACAAACUCUUCAUCACUGGGGGACGGGAUAACAAGAACCAAGUUAUCUCCACAGUGAUGUGCUGGGACUCUUCCCGAGCGUUAACGGAGGAGUGUGUUUUACCGAUGGGAGUGUCGCACCACGGCAGUGUGACACUCAUGAAGUCCUACACACACAUACACAGAAUAACAUCUCCUUCAGAGUGCCAAUGAUACAGACUCCUGUGAACAGCCCAAGAAAAGUGAUAAUUAAGAAGAUCAUUUUUUUGGAUGCAUUGCUAUGUUAAUUUCUUGUAAAUGUAUGCCACUUUGGAAUACUACCAGUGAAUCACUAUGUUAUAUGAUUAAAAAUGAUGUACUAAUUGGUAUAUAAGAAGUAACCAAGACAUACUGGACAUUGUUUCAUGGCUUUCAGUUAUCAUGAAGAUUUCAAAACAUGCUGAGCAAUAUUUGGAUGAAAUCAAU